GUUUUAGGUCUGCACAAGAACCAAGAUCAAGAACCAUGGCAUCCAUCCCAUCGAGCGGCUCGCUCAUGGCGACGCACAACUACUACAGAAGGCGCCUGAGCUCCACAUCCAGCAACAGCUCCUGCGGCAGCUCGGAGUACUCUGGGGAGGUCAUCCCCCACCCCCCGGGUCUGCCCAAGUCUGACCCCGGCCACUGGUGGGCCAGCUUCUUCUUCGGGAAGACGACUCACCCAGCCAUGACAACCGUGUCAGAGUCCCCGGAGAGCUUGGGAGCGCUGCGGGUGACGACAGGACCGAUGGCAUGUGGCUUGGUGCCGGCCCCAGGAGCGGGACGGAGGCGCCACGCCAGCGAGCCCAGCUCCGGGCCCGUGGCAUGAGCGGGGUCGGUGGCAGCUCCCCACGCUGGCGGGCACAGCCCCUUCCCCCCCGUAGAGUAGGCAGGCUGCUCCAAGGCAAAGGUGCUGCUUUGUAAUAAAAAAAGUGCAGCAACCCCCCGACGAUUCCCACACCAGCCUUUUUACUCUUAAUGCAACUAUGCCCUUUCUGCGCAGACUCAGUAACGUGUUUUAUUUACCUUGUAGUUGUACAAUGGCAACUAAUAAAGUCGAGCAGCCUUUUAAAACCC